AUGCCAACCUUUGCUCUGCAUGGAUGGUUGGACAAUGCCAACACCUUUGAUCGACUGGCGCCGAUGCUGCCGGAACUUGAUCUGGUGGCGUUGGAUUUUGCCGGUCAUGGUCUGUCAGAUCAUCGACCCGCCGGGCAGCACUAUCACCCCCUCACAGAUAUGCAGGAUAUUCUGGCUGUGGCUGAACAGCUGGGCUGGCGUGAAUUCUCUCUACUGGGUCAUUCCAUGGGUGCAGCCAUUGCCAGCGAGUUGGCGGCGACAUUUCCAGAAAAGGUUGUGCGAGCGGUUUUCAUCGAUGGGUUCAUGGCCACCGGUGGUGCAACCGCGCAGGAGCGUUUAGAGCAGAAUCGCAACGCGAUAGAGAGCAUGUUGAACGCCCAUAAGAAGACGCCAAAAAUUUAUCCGGAUCUUGAAACCAUGGCGCUGCGAGUGACUCAGGCAACGGAUCAGUCCAUGGCUGCGGCGCUGACCCUGGUCCAGCGCGGACAUAAAAUUGUUGAAGGUGGGGUGACCUGGCGGACUGACCCGCGCAUUCGAUUUGCAACCCCUCUGCGACCGACACGGGAGCAGAUCGAUCUGUUGCUGAAAAACAGCACCGCCCCGGGUUUAUUGCUGGUCGCCGAGCAGGGUGAUACCUGGUAUCAGGGUGAAAUUGAUGACGCCAGCGCGGCUCAUCCGCACCUCACUGUUGAGCGUAUGCAGGGACCACACCAUAUCCAUCUGGAGCCGGAGCACGUGGAUGCGGUUGCCCGUUACGUGCGUGAUUUCCUCGACCUUGAUGCCCUGUCUCGCGAGCGCGCUUAG